CAUUGUUUAAAAGACUAGUUUUUGUUUAAGUUGCAAACAAUUUUAUUAUAAUGUUUGUCGAACCAAUCAAAGAUCACACUCUAAAGGUAAAACCGACUGCUAAACUGAUUGACUUCGUCGCUAAGCAGGUGAAGAAAAAGGACGUGCCCGAAAACUUAAUCGCGUUGAAAAGUUCUAGCAAAAAACCAGAGACUCUUCUUACUUUAAAGGACCUAAAAUGGUUGAGCUCUUAUUUAGAAGAGCAGAGAAAAUCUUCUGAAAAUAAGAUUUAUCUUCAUGAGCUACUAGAAGGCGCUGAUGUGACUUUACCUGAACCUGAAGUAAAACCCAGAAACCCGCAACUUGUAGCGAGAUUGGAAAAACUUCAAGCUCAACAAAAUGCUAGGGAUUAUGCAUCAAUGACUAAAGGCGUAAAUCCGUAUCGAAGAUUUUAUCCUGAAGAUUCAAUAGCUGCACAAAUGAAAGAAAUGAACAAACAACUAAUCGCGAUCUUCCAAUUCGUAUCUACUGUUUUGGCUGGUUUCGCCUUUGGUUUUCUCGGUAUAGAACUAAUCGUCGGGGACCUGGAUUUCGGCUUUAGAUUACUACUAGGAAUUAUAAUUUCCCUAAUUAUUGCGCUAGCGGAAAUUUAUUUCCUGGCCAAAAAGCUGAGCGAAGAUGGAUUUGAUUCGGAAGGUCUUUAUACAAAAGAACAUCAGGAUUAAAGUUAGGGAAUUUCAAAUUUACUCUUGAAAUUUAUCAUGCCACUCAUAUUUCCUGGUAGAAUUUUAUUACUAUCAUGUAAAUAGCUUCCUUACAGCGUACUGAAAUCGUUCUAUGUAAAUAAAAACGCAUUUAUCGUCGUCUCGUUUCUAUUGGAAAUUGUAGAUGCACGUUUAAAUAAUGAAAUUA